AUGAUCGCAUUGUGGUGGAUACGACGCCGGCCGACCGAAUGGAAAGUGUUCGUCAGCAAUCGAGUAAAAGAAAUCCAACGUCUCACCGAAAUAUCACAUUGGGCACACUGCCCUGGGACCGAAAACCCAGCCGACCACUUGACAAGAGGCAUUACUGCGCUAAAACUGAUUAGCAGUCAAAGUUGGUGGCAUGGGCCUAAGUGGCUAGCCGGAGACUGCGGGUGCUGGCCGAACGAUUUCGUCGAACAGGAUCCACGAACGGAUGAGGAACGCCUACAAUGUCAGGCAUUACUGCAAGUGGCGUUGCAACAAUGGUCGCCACUUCUUGAUUUGGAUGCGUUCGCAAAGUAUUCCUGUGUUUUGCGAACGACUGCCUGGAUUCUUCGAUUCAUUACAAAUUGCCGGCAUCAUGAAGAACGGCUCACGGGUCCCUUGUCUGCAGACGAACUACUUCAUGCGGAAACGUACUGGGUACGUACUUCGCAGGCCGCAACGUAUCCAGAUGAGGUUUAUGCACUGAGGGAGAAGCUGGAAUUUCCCACGAACUCUAAGAUCGCAAAUUUGCAGCCGUUUCUGGAUGCAACUGGUGUUCUCCGGCUUAAGGGUCGGCUUCACUAUGCGGAUGAAGUAGAAGAAGUCAAACAUCCCAUCAUCAUUUCGAAGGAGCACCGCCUGGCACACCUUAUAGCGUAUGCUUCACACCACCGCACACUACACGGAGGACUCCAGGACACCAUGAACGACCUUAGGGAGAAAUGGUGGAUUCCCCAUGCUAGACAAUUUGUAAAGACUGUGAUCUUCCGCUGCCCAACGUGCAAACGCUUCCGACUUCAGCCAGCCAAAGCACCUACUGCUCCGUUACCUGCAGAGCGAGUAACCCCCAUUCUUCCGUUUGAAGUGGCAGGAGUAGAUUUUGUCGGCCCAGUUUUUGUAAAAACCGAUGACGGAUCAAAGAGAUCUUAUAUCUCAUUGUUUACUUGUGCCGUUACCAGGGCGGUACAUUUCGAACUAAUCAGCAACCUCGGAGCCAACGCAUUUCUUCUUGCAUUCAGGAGAUUUGUGUCCCGUCGUGGAAUAUCCUCGGUGAUGUACUCAGAUAACGCCUUGACAUUUAAGAGGGCCGCGAAAGAUAUCCAGAAGUUAGGGAGUCUAAUACGGCAAGACGACGUGCAGAAUUAUAUGGCCACAACUAUGAUCAGCUGGAGGUUCAUGCCGGAAAGAGCACCCUGGUGGGGCGGGUUUUGGGAGAGACUCGUUCGGACCCUUAAACAUGCUCUACGAAGAGUCAUCGGAAAGCAGUCGUUGACGAUCGAAGAAAUGGAAACGGUGCUAGCCGAAGCAGCAGUAAACUCACGGCCCAUUACGUACUUGCAUUCCUCACCCAACGAGCCUACUGCUCUGACGCCAGCGCACCUCCUAGUUGGAAAACGCUUGAUUGCCUUGCCAUCUUCGAAACGACAAGACCCAACCAGAUCAACUACAGAAGCGCUUUCGCGAAGGUGGGUGCACCAGCAAAAGAUAGCUGACCACUUUUGGAAACGUCGGCACAAGGACUAUCUCUGGGAGUUGCGAUCGGCCCAUGUAUCACGUACCACGCCUUCUCAUUCCAUGAAGGAAGGCGAUCUUGUACUCGUUCAUGAAGAACGAACACCGAGGCAAGUUUGGAAAACAGCACGGAUUGUGAAGUUUCAUCGAGGAAGAGAUGGAGAGAACAGGUCAUGUUCCGUCAAGCUGCCAUCAGGCAACAUCACAAGACGACCUGUACGGCAGCUGUACCCAUUCGAGGAUCAUCUCCAAUGUGCUAGUGACGCCCAUUCCGAGGGGGAGGAUGUUGCGGAAUGA